AUGGCUAUUACCAUCACACUUGGGCCUAAUGGCCACUAUCAUGUCAAUGAUGGUUCAGGUUAUGAACAUGACACAAGUGCCAACUUCCUGCCAGUUUCAGGCUCGACAAAGCUGCGUAGAAUGCUGCAUGAAACAAAUGAACUCAUCGUUUGCCCUGGUGUUUAUGAUGGACUAUCGGCUCGUGUUGCCAUGCAGCUUGAUUUCAAAGCCAUGUACAUGACUGGUGCUGGCACUACAGCAUCACGCCUUGGAAUGGCGGACCUUGGCCUUGCUCAGCUUCAUGAUAUGAAGACAAACGCUGAGAUGAUCGUGGGCCUCGACCCGUACGGACCGCCAUUGAUUGCUGAUAUGGAUACCGGAUAUGGAGGACCACUCAUGGUGGCCAAGUCGGUUCAGCAGUAUAUCCAAGCUGGCGUGGCCGGAUUCCAUAUUGAGGACCAGGUUCUGAGCAAGCGCUGUGGACAUCUGGCAGGGAAGAAAGUAGUGAGCAAAGAUGAAUAUCUUAUGCGCAUCCGUACCGCCAAAUUAACCAAAGAUCGAUUGCAUUCUGAUAUCGUUCUUAUUGCCCGAACUGACGCACUACAGCAGCACGGCUACGAAGAGUGCAUUGACAGGCUUAAGGCAGCCCGCGACCUUGGGGCCGACGUAGGCCUGCUCGAGGGCUUUACAUCUGCAGAGCAGGCUAGACAGGCAGUUCAAGAUCUUGCUCCCUGGCCACUGCUACUUAACAUGGUGGAGAAUGGUGCUGGGCCUGUCAUUACAACUCAUGAAGCUAAGGAGAUGGGGUUCCGAAUCAUGAUUUUUUCUUUCGCUUCGUUGGCACCAGCCUACUUGGGUAUUCGGUCUGCCUUUGAGAGGAUCAAAACUGAAGGGAUUGUUGGCACCCCUGAGGGCCUGGGACCGCGGAAGUUGUUUGAGUCCUCGUUUCCAGAGACCACCAUGAAACUCGUGGACUUUAUCUCGGUGCCUCUGGUCACUCUGACACCUCUGGUAUCCGCUGCUCUCCAAUAUCGAGGUGCCGAUAUAUCGUCCCUGUUAGUCGAAGAAGAUUCGAAUAUUUCCUACAAAAGCGUAGAUGGUCAGAGCGAAAGUCUGGAAACCAUUCUCGCGGACAAUGGUGUCAACGCAAUUCGGCAACGCCUAUGGGUGAAUCCAGCCGAUGGCUCAUACGAUCUCGACUAUAAUCUAGAGCUUGCGAAGCGCAUGGUUGCAGCCGACAUGGUGAUUUAUCUGGACCUGCAUCUGAGCGAUACAUGGGCGGACCCAGGAGACCAAACCACCCCCUCCGGCUGGUCGACCACGGACAUCGACACACUUACCUGGCAACUGUAUAACUACACACUGGAUGUUUGUAACUCAUUCGCCUCGGAGUCAAUUCCGCUCGAGAUUGUCUCUAUUGGCAACGAAAUCACAGCCGGCCUUCUUUGGCCCCUCGGGUCUACCGAUAGUUACUAUAACAUUGCAUCAUUGCUGCACUCCGCAGCCUGGGGUAUCAGGGAUUCAGACAUCAGCCCCCAGCCGCAGAUAAUGAUCCAUCUUGAUAAUGGCUGGGACUGGGAUACGCAGUCUUACUUUUACGAAACCGUUCUUGGAGAAGGCCCAUUACUCACAACCGACUUUGACUUAAUGGGCGUAAGCUACUAUCCUUUCUACAGCUCGAGUGCCACGCUGGCGUCACUGGAGUCGAGCCUUGCCAAUAUGGCCUCGACAUACAGCAAAGGCAUAGUAGUCGCAGAAACGAAUUGGCCAUAUUCUUGCCCGGAUCCAGAGUUUUCGUUCCCUUCUGACUUGACCAGUAUUCCCUUUUCGGCAGAUGGACAGACGACCUUUCUAACAGACUUGGCUAAGGUAGUGGCUGGGACAUCAAAUGGUUUGGGUCUUUUUUACUGGGAGCCUGCCUGGAUCGGGAAUGGCAAUCUCGGAUCAAGUUGUAGUGACAACUUGCUAGUUGAUUCGUCAACCGAUGUCUUUAGGUCCAGCGUGGAAGUAUUUUCAGGCUUUUAG